CUAGGUUCGUAUACUACAUUGAAUACCAGUCCCUUUGAUCGUGACUGAGACUCGUUCUAGCUCUCGUCUUUCCACAAUCUUCGUGACAAACCUGCUGAAUUCUGGACUCCAGAAUUAUUCAUGGAUCAACUCGAUAGCCUUCUCACGCAGCUCGGUAUCGAAAGAGACUUUGACCUUCUAGGGCACUCAUGGGGAGGGAUGCUGGCUGCUGACUAUGUCAUCCAGCGUCAACCUCCCGGACUUCAUCGUCUAGUCAUAUCGAGCUCUCCACCAUCAUGGAAAUUAUUGGAGGAGAGUAUGCUGGGACGUCUGGAAGCUUUCCCGGCGGAGUUCAAGGAGAUGGUGUUGAAACAUGAGAGAGAAGGCACAUUCUUAUCACCAGAAUACCAGGCAGCCAUCCAAGUUUUUAUGAAUAAGCACAUGUGCCAGACAAUACCCUGGCCCGAAGAGCUGAUUGCCACGUUCGCUUCCGCCGCAGAAGAUCCUACCGUUUCGAAUGCCAUGCUGGGAUCCGAACAGUUCCUCAGGACGGGUUCAUUGACAACUUGGUCUGUGAUUGACCGUCUCCAUCGCAUUACAUGCCCUACACUCGUCACGAAUGGGACCGAAGAAGCUGCCCAGGACUAUGUGAUUGCUCCUUUCAUCGAGAAAAUACCCAACGUUAAGUGGGUCAGGUUUGCAAAGAGUCACAUUGCAUUCUUCGAGGAUAAGGAAUAUUAUUUCAAGACUAUCGGCGAUUUUUUGAGGGUAGACUGAUGGCGUUCAUUUUUAUGGGUCCUGGCCUUUGAUUUCGAUGGAGCUUUCUGUUACUUGUCUUCCGCUAUCUCGAUAACGGUCACAUGGGAAUAAUCUCAAGUUGGUUUACCAGAUUGAGGACAUGUG